AUGUCUGCUCUCCGCACCAUUGCCGCUCGACGAACCCCCUUCCUCACACAGCGCGCCGCACUGCACCGGUCAUCGGCGCUGUGGGCGGGCAAGGAAACACGGCUCAACACCGAUGUAUCAGGCCAGGACCUCGAGAACAAGAAGGAAGAACAUUUGGACAAGCAGAAGAAGGGCGAGGGUCAUUGGACGGAGGAGUUGGCGAGUGAUAGUGAGAGUAUUGUCAAGGCCGAUCGGGGCGAGAUUGAUGCGUCCGAGGAUACGAUGAAGAAGUUACAGGAUGAGACGAAGAAGGCUCAGAAGGGGCAGUAG